AAAAGACGCUCCUAUGGCUAUGGCUUUACCACCACUGUUUAGCUGCCAUUUUCCGACAUACGUGAAAGACUGUUCUAACAAUCAGGUGGACGUAUUCUGGUAUCACCCUGAAUUUACACAGAGCCGUUACCCACCGGGACAAGGAGUAAGCAAGGCCUGUACACUUAUAUGUUUGCUUGUGGCAGUACGAAUAUCGAGAGAACACUUAUUGAUUGAUAAUGUGGAGAAAUGCCCAAAAUUGAAUAUCAUUGUAGCGGAAGCCAUAAUAGAGGGCAAUGAGAUUCAUGCGUGGCUCAUUAGGAAGAGACUUAUAUCAAAUCCUUAUUUAAACACGGAGGAGGCUUUGAAGUAUGGCGGGGAGAGUUUGGAUACACUUAGAGAAUGGAAAUUCAACAUCUUCUUCGAAGAGAUAGGAACGAGUUUGUGCAAAAAUAUAAAUACAUUUUUGCACGAGUGGUACAAAGCUCCGGAACCGCACACUUUGUUUAUGCUGCUUAUCACGUGUGGACGCACUAUAUUGCUCAUAUUUCAAGAUACAUAUAAAGUCACGCUGUUUGAUUCACACAGUCAUUGUACUGUUAAUAACACAAAUCGCGGCUUAGUCAUUGCUCAGGCAUCCAUUGAUAAGUUAGAGGCAUUGUGCGAUUGGUAUACUCAAGAUGUAUUAAAAAAUUGCUACAAUAUACAAGCUGAUAAGUACGAAUUGGCUUGCUUAUAUUACUGUGGACACUCUUGCAAAUGCCACAGCUAUUACAAAAUAUAACCGCAUGCCUAUGUAUAUAUUUUUCAACUGGCCAUAAGGAUACAAAUAAAACUUAAUUUUUAUGUAGA